CUGACAUUAUUGCAUUCCCCUUAUCCGAUCCAGCCUUCGCUUUCGUAUUGGACAAUCAAGCCGUGCCUCAUACGCAGUUCAAUCCCACCCCAUUCAACAAGGUUUCGAUUGGUUUGGCCGAACUCGGUAUUUUGGCGACUGACCUUCCUGAUUUGAUGAUUUCACAUCCGCCUGGGGAAGGAAUUUGGUCUACGACAUUUAGACCCUUCGACGAGGAUAACGUGGAACCACCUGCAGGACCAUCAAGACCCGUACAGCUCGAACAGCCAGAUGCACCACGGUCGACUUCAAGGUUCGAAUUUGCCAGAGCCAAUGGUUUGACGGGCCAGAAUCCUUUUGCGGGAUUGAGACGAUCAGAGGACAUGGGUGGGAAUGGAUGGCAACAAGGAACACCGGCUGGGUUUUCGGCGUUGUUAGGUCAGGCACAGGGACCUGAUUGGGAUGGAAGUAGAAGCGCUAGGUCAGUAGGGAAUGGGAGUGUUAAAGGACAGCGGUCGGAAGUGAGGGAAAGAGAAGAAUAUGAAUCGGCCUCACUAUCUUAUGUCCAAUCCGCUGGUCAUCCACAGAGACUCUUCACACCCGACUCCAACUCCAUUCCCGAAGAUGGCCCAUAUGGUCCCUCUCAGCUUUUCAGCCCUCCUCAUCAGUCUCAAUAUGGCUAUGCUGGUCAGGGGUCCGUCCAAACACAUCAAUAUCGCCGUUUUUGAAACACCUGCGGAUCGUACGUCUCCUACGCCUUGAUACCUCGAUGCAUGACAUCGUUCACUUUCAUAAUCAGGAAUGCAUUCACGUCACUCACC